CUUAUCCAGCAACCAGAACACGAGCCAGAGCUGCUCAAGAAACUCCCUAUGACCAAAACAAGAUUGAUAUAGAGAAGAAAGAGGAUGAUGUUGAAUUAAUACAACAUAAAUCAGAAAAGAGAGCCACGGCGUUGUAUUGCGACGCAUACAUCAAAAAUAUGAAAAUUCUGUUGAUAAUUGACUCCGGUUCUGCUGGAUAUAUAAUUUCCCUAAAGUUACUUAAAGACCUGGAUAUAGAGAUAACAGAAGCAUCUAAAACAAUAAUGACACGUGAUCCCUUUUGA